GUUCUUUUUGGAAUCGAUUCCCAGCCCAUACCAACAGCCAGUGUCCGUCUACAGCGCUCCACUCCUGCACGGUCAGCCAAACACUUGAACAAACACACUGCGCCAACCAAAACGAAACCUUCUGCGCUGUCUCACUGAAACUUCACUUUGAUAAAGAGUGAUGGCAGCAAUCCGUAAGAAGCUGGUGAUUGUGGGAGAUGGAGCCUGUGGUAAAACCUGCCUGCUGAUUGUGUUCAGUAAAGACCAGUUUCCUGAGGUUUACGUGCCCACAGUGUUUGAAAACUACAUCGCUGACAUAGAGGUGGACGGCAAACAGGUGGAGUUGGCUCUAUGGGACACAGCUGGUCAGGAAGACUAUGAUCGGCUGAGGCCGUUGUCAUAUCCAGACACAGAUGUUAUUCUGAUGUGUUUUUCUAUAGACAGUCCAGAUAGUUUAGAGAAUAUUCCAGAGAAGUGGACACCAGAGGUGAAACAUUUCUGUCCAAAUGUUCCCAUCAUUCUGGUGGGAAAUAAAAAGGACCUGCGAAAUGAUGAACACACACGUAGGGAACUCAUCAAGAUGAAACAGGAACCUGUAAAACCAGAGGAGGGCCGUGAUAUGGCUAACAGGAUCAGUGCUUUUGGAUAUCUGGAGUGUUCGGCUAAAACUAAGGAGGGAGUGCGGGAGGUGUUUGAGAUGGCCACCAGGGCAGCGUUGCAGGUCCGCAAGCGCAAGAAGAGAAGCGGCUGCCUGCUCUUAUGAGCCACACACUGAUGCAAACACAUCUCCAUCUACUUUCAAACAAUUGAUACACAACCCCAGAAGAACCUUUAUCUAACCUUUGUCUGCCUCCUCAUGCCAUUCACUGCAUUUCAAAUGGUCGAGGCAUGGAUGAUCGAAAAAUAUUUAUAGAGAAACCAAAAUGUGUGUCAAUACCUCUCCAUCUUGACAUCUUUCUUGCUUUUUUCCUUUUCACCAGCAAACCUUCUUUUCUGGGAGAAAGACUGACUGAUUCAUUUUGUAUUUGUACAUAAAUCUCUGUUUCGCUCUGUACUCUGGUUUGCAGUUAUUCUAUGCCUCUAUAAAUGAUGUUCAAUGAUCUAA